UGCGAGGCUGGGUUCCCCGGGGCCCGCCCGCUGCAGCUAGGCUGGGCCUUGCCGUCUGAUUGGCCAACCGGUGGGGGCGCGGGGGCAACGAGGCCGGCCUUAGCGUAGGCCUGAGCAGAGAUGGCGGCGGUGCUGGGGAAGGCGGCAGCGGUAGGCAGAGCCUGGCACCCCCUGCGGCUGGGGCUGCUGCGGCGGGGCUGCGCUAGGGUCGCAGUGGAUGACACGGUCAAUGGGCUGAGCGAGGAGCAGCGGCAGCUUAGACAGACAAUGGUCAAGUUCUGUCAGGAGCAUUUGGCUCCAAAGGCCCAAGAAAUCGACCAGGAGAAUGAGUUUAAGGGCAUGCAGGAGUUCUGGAAGAGGCUCGGGGAGCUGGGAGUUCUGGGAAUUACAACUCCUGUGGAAUAUGGUGGAUCUGGAAUGGGGUAUCUGGAUCAUGUGUUAGUGAUGGAGGAAAUCUCUCGAGUUUCGGCAGCUGUUGGACUCAGUUAUGGUGCCCACUCAAACCUUUGUAUUAACCAGUUAGUACGGAAUGGCAAUGAAGCACAGAAAGAGAAAUACCUACCCAAGCUAAUCAACGGGGAGCACAUUGGAGCCCUGGCAAUGAGCGAACCCAACGCUGGUUCUGAUGUUGUCUCUAUGAAGCUCAAGGCAGAUAGAAAAGGGGAUUACUUUGUUUUGAAUGGGAACAAGUUUUGGAUCACUAACGGGCCAGAUGCUGAUGUUGUAAUAGUUUAUGCUAAAACAGAUCUCAGUGCUGUUCCAGCCUCCCAGGGUAUAACAGCAUUCAUCGUGGAGAAGGGUAUGCCUGGUUUCAGCACUGCUCAAAAGCUUGAUAAGCUGGGAAUGAGGGGGUCCAAUACCUGUGAAUUGAUCUUUGAGGACUGUAAGAUUCCUGCUGAGAAUAUCUUGGGGCAGCUGAGUAAAGGAGUCUACGUUCUGAUGAGUGGCUUGGAUCUGGAGAGACUCGUACUGUCUGGUGGACCACUGGGAAUCAUGCAGGCUGUUCUUGACCAUGCUUUUCCAUACUUACACGUGAGAGAAGCAUUUGGACAGAAAAUUGGCCACUUCCAGCUCAUGCAGGGUAAAAUGGCAGAUAUGUACACACGGCUGAUGGCAUGCCGGCAGUAUGUGUACAAUGUGGCAAAAGCUUGCGACCGAGGACACUUCAAUGCAAAGGAUUGUGCAGGAGUGAUCCUGUAUUCAGCAGAAUGUGCUACACAAGUAGCUCUGGAUGGAAUCCAGUGUCUAGGUGGUAAUGGUUACAUCAAUGAUUAUCCUAUGGGUCGCUUCCUGCGUGAUGCCAAGCUAUAUGAGAUAGGGGCAGGAACCAGUGAGGUGCGGAGACUUGUCAUUGGCCGGGCAUUUAAUGCUACUUUUAAUUAACACCCACCAUUCAACGAGAAACGUUCUCAACACCAAGAAGCCUUUGAUCAUAGUGGUGGUGCACAAAACUUUUUUUGCAUAUCACAGUCACUGCUGGUUGAUUAUUAUCCGUUUGAUGAACAAAUGCUACUCGGUUUAACUGGGCUCUGCUGACCGAAUGAAUUGGGCAGGAGAACAGAAGUAAACGUGUGUUCAUGUGAUCAGCCUGAAUUGUUCCUUCAUCAUACUCAGCAGCCAUUUGGAUCCUAAAAUCUGAGGAGUUGAGGAUGAAGUUUUUGCCAGGGGUAUAUGACAGUCAAAGCAGGAUGUUUCUUGCAUGGUGAACUGUUGACUAGGAAAAAUCAGUUACUGAGCAUUAUAGGUUUCAGAGUAGCAGCCGUGUUAGUCUGUAUUCGCAAAAAGAAAAGGAGGACUUGUGGCAUCUUAGAGACUAACUAAUUUAUUUGAGCAUAAGCUUUCGUGAGCUACAGCUCACGAUCAAUCUAGAGGGAAUGGACAUUGGAUCAAUCCAGAAAGAAUGGACAACGGAAAUGGAAUUUUAUCAUCUUUAAAAAUUUAGAGUGCCGUGAAUAAGUAGCAUUUUUAACAUGCUACUGCUGGAAGAUGGUAAUUUUCCAGUGUGACACUCCACCAGUAUGUUAACCUCCUGGUGCCAUCCAGUUAACAAUUUCAGCUUUGCGAAUCCAAAUGCCAGCUGACUUUGGGGUAGAUACUGUCUACUGUUAACAUCAAAGGAUUUCAGCUACACAUGCAGUACUGUAAAAAAUGUUGCCUAAAACCCUGUUAAGAAGUCGUGUAUUUUUCUCUGCCCAUUCCCUUUCCUAUCCUGGCUGCUUAGCAAGAUAUUUGAAUGUAAUCUGAAGUCUUCACUCUUCUGAUUGGCUGCCUCCUGCUGUCUGAUUCAUUUGUUGAUGUCACUAUCUGUCAUUCUGGAAGCUUUUGAAAUGUCAAACCCUAUAUUGUGGCAUCCGUCAAUGAAUCGGGCAAGAGGAGUUUUACUUAUUUUAAAGGGUUCUCUGUUGGCGAGUGUUCUGCACUUGUACUCCUAAAUUUAAUUGGCCAUAAGGAAAAAGAAAGAAAGCCUAGCGAGAAAAUUUGGGGCAGUUUUAAGGGGGAGUUAGGGAAACAUUAUAUGGAGUAGUUUAAAUCUUGUGUGGUCUAUUUUUAAUAAGGGGAAUACAGCAGUGUGUAAUAAAACUUCAAAGAGUGAAUUACAGGAAAAAAUUAAAUCUCUUGAUAUAAUAGACCAGUGAAUUAAACAGCUGCCAUCUUGACAGUCUCAUGUAGGUUAAAAACAAUACAGCUUGUAGUUUUAUUUCUUUUUCUCUGUAUAUUUGGUGUUUGUCUAGAUGGUGACUCUAAGCCAGCACGCAAUACAGUAUUUUGAAACAUCCAUUUAAUAAUCUAAACCAACAGUAUAAAAAGAAACUAUAAGAAAUGCCCAGACCCAACUAAAAUCCACCUUACUCGAUUUCCUCUGGGGAAAAAAAAACGUGAUAGCUACAUAGGUCAUGUGGUAUGCACAGUAGGUCUUCUGGCCCAAGGGGAGAGGCAGCUCCCAGAGCUAUGGGUCUGCCCCUGGAAUGCCCAACCCUCAGACUGGGGACUGUCAUCUCAAGCAUCCCAACUGAGUUUUACUACUCUGGAAAAGCACACAGAGAGUUGAUCUCUGAGAUACCCUGGGCCCAAAGCACAAAGGGCUUUAUUAAUUGAGGCUGACACCUUGGCUUGCACCUGAAUAUCAUCUGGAAGCCAGGGCAGACUUUGAAGCACAGGUGAAAUAGACUUCACUUGUGAAACACCAAGUACAUUUAUGUACUGAAUAUAUGAGAAUGGAAAUGUUAAAUGUUCUCAUUUAUUUAGAUGAGUGAACUACUUAAGUUUUACCUCAGAAUAAUUAUGAAUGUCCUCCCCUCUCCUACAUUCAAACUGGAUUGCCACCAGUGCCUCAAGAAAGAUCUAAAGUGGGAUUUUUCAACACUGCCUACAAGAUUUUGAUGUCCAGUUCCCAUUACAGUUUGUGGGAAUUGGGUAUCCAACUCCUGUAGCCAGCUUUGAAAAUCUCAGCCCCAGUCCCAUGAUGCAUCAGUGAAAUGGCAGCUCCUUUAGAGAGAGAGCCAGUAGCAGCACGGGUGGCAACGAAGGGGCUGAGACCAUGCAUGAUACUUUUUAAAGUAAUUGAAAAUUCAUUUUUUACAGAUAUGUUCUUUAGCUCUUUGAUAUGAGAAUGAAUUUCCUUGAGUUUUCCUUGAAGACCUGUUUAAAAGACAAAAACAAAACCUCACAUUGGCACUGAAUCAUAGCUUUGUAAUCUGUCUUGGUCCAAAGGAACUCCACUGAAAUGAAUGUCAAAACAACCUCAGGAUCUUUCAAGCAGCUAGAAUUGUUAAGAAUCCAUGUUCUGAGUCAGAAUGGAACCUGUAUACUAUGACUUUUAAACCUGCCUCUAGCCCUGGCAUUGCUUGUUUUAAUACAAAUAAUAAAUAACAUCCCACUUUCUGGGCUGAUCAGCACCUCAAGGUCAAGGCAAAAUGAAUCUGUGUCUAAUGCACUAUCGGAUAGGAUGGGAGGAGAGAGCCAUAAAUCUUAGGAAAGGUUACGUUAAUCAAAUUGCAUACACUUCCCAUACAUCACUGUGGUGAAUAUCGAGUGAUCUGUCUUGCGAAAAGCAUUGGUCAAGGGGCUCUUUCCACAUACUGAGCAGUUCUCCCUGGGGUGAAUGACAGGGAAUCUCCUGGCUAAGUGGGGGAGGGUCUGUGAUUAGGGUUUUGUUUUUUAACAUGUACAAUGCCAAUAAAGAUAUCUACUCUUAAACA